CCCCCCCCCCCCCGCCUAGGGUUUGGUUUCCUCCCCUCCCCCGUCCGAGCAUACACUGCCCGACCGGCGGCCGCCACCCCUCUCAGCCGCCUGUAACUCCCCCUCCGGCCGUCUCAAUUGCGCGUUCGGCCGCUCUCCUGUCGCCCUGACCCGAGGUUACUCGCGGUGCCACAGAGUUGCGAGUUGCUGGCAACCUGGCAUUACUCAAUUUGCAGGGUGCCAAGGUUUUGUGGCCAUAAAAGGUGAUAUCCUGGCACAACAAAUUUUCUAAGCGAAGCUGCUAAUAAAGAACCUCCAAAGCUAUCUGCUGUUAUUGCUUCCAUGGCAACCAACGAGAACCUCCCACCUAAUGUCAUCAGGCAAUUGGCUAAAGAACUGAAAAAUCUUGACGAGUCACCUCCAGAAGGGAUUAACGUCAUCAUCAACGAUGAUGACUUCACCACUAUCUUUGCUGAUAUUGAAGGCCCUGCUGGAACUCCAUAUGAGAAUGGAGUAUUCCGGAUGAAGCUGUUAUUGUCUCGCGACUUCCCUCAGUCUCCCCCAAAAGGAUUCUUCUUGACAAAAAUUUUCCAUCCAAACAUAGCUACUAGUGGUGAGAUAUGCGUAAACACACUAAAGAAGGAUUGGAAUCCUGAUCUUGGACUAAGACAUGUUCUUCUGGUAGUGAGAUGCCUUCUGAUCGAGCCAUUUCCUGAAUCUGCACUUAAUGAACAAGCUGGGAAGAUGCUACUUGAAAACUAUGAGGAGUAUGCACGGCAUGCAAGGUUAUACACUGGCAUCCAUGCCCUUAAACCUAAGAACAAGUCCAAGACUGGAGUUAUUUCUGAGUCAACCACAGCACUGAAUGUGGACAAGUCUUGUACUACUUCCAGCGAGAACACACCAUCAGUGCCAACAGCAGUAUCUACCUCCACGACAACUAGAGCAUUUGGCACGAACUUGCAGGAUCAGAAUGCUACUGUUUCUGAUCCUGCUGUAGGAGCAUCAGCAGCACAAAAGAAGGAUGCGCCCCUUGCUGCGAAAGUUCCAGUUGAUAAGAAAAAGGUGGAUGCACGGAAGAAGAGCCUGAAGAGAUUGUAGGCCAAAACCUCCGACUUGGGGAGGUGGUUAGUAGACAGCUGCAGUUAACGAUUCAAAUUUCUUCGCGAUGCAUAGUGAAACCGGGAAAAAUAAGUCUGAGAAGCAUCUGAUGAAGUGGCUGUUCGGAGAAGUGUGGCCAAAAGGGAAUAAUGUGAACUGGGUCCUUCGGGACAAACUGUAUGUGCAAUGUCAAUCAUUUGGAAGAAAAGGUGCCUAUUUGUUUGUUUCUCUCA